AUGGAGCACCAAAACAUAGACUGGAACAACAUAGAAUCGAAUUUCGAAGAAGAUGACACCUACGAGAAUAUCCAUGCGCCUAAAUGGGUUGAUCUCUCUGCUCCAUGUGAACCUAUAGAUGAUGAAGCAUGGUUCUGCAAACCUGGUUGCAAGCAUCCAAAGUGUGCAGAAGAUUAUCUCAAAUCAAAGCACUACACCAAGGUGAAGCUCCUAAAGUCAAUGACUAUAUCUGAAAUUAUUCCUUUCAGAGAUAGAACUCGCAGGUGCAAAUUUAAAAGAAAAGGCUACAAAUGGAGAAAAUGGUCUAAACCUACACAAAGUUUAAAUGAUGACAAUGAGAACAGGAACCCAAACUUAUCUACUCCACCGCUCGGUGCCAAGACUAUGCCAAAGAAAAUGGCAAAGAAAUCAUCUAUGGUGGAGAAAACUCAGUUGGAUGAUUUAAGAGACAAUUCAGCCAAGUCUGAUAGGAAGCGGCGUUUAAAGAGUACCUUCUCUGCGCGUAAUUUAGUAGCAGGUCGAGAGAUUUUAAAGCAGAUCACUGAAUUCUGCGUUCAAUUGAAGAAAAUGGCAAGCAAAGGUUCCGAAAAGAGAGCAUCAGAGAAGGCUUCGGAUGGUGUUUUGGGUGAAUUGAAGGAGAGAGUUAGAGAAAACGAGAGGAUGCCUCUGCUUUUGGUUAAAGAAAGGGAAGUCUAG